AGGAUUCCGUUGCCAGUCACUGUGCUCUGAGAACGAGUUCUACUGCAAAGCCACUGCAACGAACAGGUCUCUGAAAGUGUUCUCCUCUGUGUGCUGAAAGGAAAACGGUUAACCUCUUCUCCUUCCUCUCUCACCAGGUGUGAAUAGGAAGUUGUCCCUUGUUAUUGUGUCUUUCCUUGGUCAUCUCUGUCCUGUCCCGUACUGUACUUCUGACGAUAGAGAACGUGUCUGCACAGACCUUGACUCACCACCGGGAGUCCCACACCGGCUUACCAGCCAUAAGGAAAGACCUCCCUGGCCGCCACUGACACCCAUCAUGGCAGACAGUCGCCAACCUGAGGACAGCCACCCCCAUUGGGACACGUCAGGAGCACAGGACCCCUCUCCCCCAGCCCACGGGGCUAACGGCUACCCCCCCUCAUACAGGGCGUGCCAGCCAGGAACGGCCCAUGGAGCAGCACCCCCCUCCUACACCUCCAGAGAGAACUGCUUCAAUGGAGACCAUGCAGUUACGGCUGAGCAAGUUUCUGCACGAAUCGUGCAAGAGGUGACAGCAGAAGCAGUGGCAGUACUGAAGGGAGAACAGGAGACAAGACUGCAGUCAGUUGAAGACACGGCAAACCUGCCCCCCUCUCCUCCUCCCUCACCUGCUGCUGAGCACUGCUUUAGACCCCUGGAGCAAGAUGUAGGGGAUGAGGAGAAGGAGGUCUGCCCUCUCCGCCGCUUCCAAAAUUCUCGGGAGAGGUGCAAGUUCCUCGCCCCCUCCAUCUCUGUGUCUGUGCCCGAGGAUGACCCCUACCACUCUGACGAGGAAUACUAUGAUCACCCCUUGUUCAGCCCUGAGUGGGAUCGCUCGGUCUCCUCUCGGCCCUCAGUGCUGGCCGCUGCCUUUAGACAGAUCCAAGAGACUGUCGAGGCUCUUACAGAUAACUUCAAAGAGGAGGAGGAGGAGGAGGAGGAGGAGGAGGAAGAAGUGUUGAUGUUGGAGGAGGAUGAGGAGAUGGAAGGGGCAGCAGCAGAAAUCGUGGCUGCUCUUGAGGAGCUGUGGAGUGGGGAUGAGCCUGAGCCAGACGGCCCCCCAACCAAGCCCUUAGAACAGGCUGCGGCUGUAGGCGAGGCCCAGGCUGGGCCCCCUGUGCAGGCAGUGGCAUUUAGUGCUGCUCUUGAUGGCCCUAACGGGAGGGAGGAGGAGGUUGAGGAGGAGGAGGAGGUGACAGUGCCUGAGGGGAAGGAGGAGAGCCUUGAUGAAGACUUAAAGAUGGACAUGGAGAAACCAGGCAGUGAGAGUGGAUGCCUCAGCCCAGACUUCACUGAACCAGAGUGUCCAGCUUUCUCCAGCGGGGACCACACAGCACCCCCCCUGUAUCCCAAAACAGAAAUGGCUUCUCCGUCCCCUUCCCUUUCUAACAGCCAGAGCCAAGCCAAAGAGCCUACCAAAAUGUCUAUACCAGAUGUACCUAAAACAGUCUCAGAGAAGCAGCCGUCAGUGGAAGUUCUUGAGUCCAGUAACCUCACAACGGUUGCAGUGUCUGGGUUCACUAGAGCUGGAGACAAAGAUCAAGGUCAAGGUGUCUCCUCUGACUCUAACAAAGACAAAUCUGGCAUGUCGUCUUAUUUCGAGACUUUGGCCCUGAAGGCAGAUGAGGGAUCCAAGGAGGCUCAAGCAGCAGAAGGUUAUUAUGAACUGAGCACCGCAGGUCUAGAGAAGAGCUUAGGGAGAAGCUCCCCAACAGUUACGUCACCCCCUGAGAUCAACUACAGCAUGUUGGCACAAACACAGUCAGUGGAGAAGAAGCCAGACACCAAGACGAGUCCGAUGGGAGAUCAAAAGGAUACCUUACCGGCCCUGGACAGGAGCAACGAAUGUAGGCUUUCCCCCGGGAAGUUGGCCCUGGAUCAGAGAAGCUACUCUCUCAACAUUACGAUUGGAUCGAUGGAUCCCAGUGGCCAGGGCCUACCUAGGAACUUCUCCCCACUGGCCACGGACAUCAUGUCUUUUACCAGUGGCAGUCUGGAUGAGUCUGUCAACUAUCUCCCAGUCACCACCCUUUCUGCAGAGAAGGUGCCCCCGCCUUUCCCUCCCCUGAUCCUGGAGACGGCCGCCUCAGUCACGUCUGACUCCUCGUCUCCUCCCUACAACACAGGAGAGAUCCCCGGCGAAAAGACCAGCCCCCAGGGGUCAGAGUCGCCAGAGUCUCCCUUUCCACCCAAAUACUACUACAAAAACGGGACAGUCAUGGCUCCUGACCUACCUGAGAUGCUGGACCUUGCAGGCACCAGGUCUAGACUAGCUUCUGAGAACAAUGACCCAGAGACCAUGAGGAGGAAGUCUGUCCCUGCAGACGCCCAAGGCAUUGGGAGCGACUCCCUGGCCAACCUGGUCCUGGGGGACCAGAAUCAGAGCCAGGGUCUUGCCAAGAGUGAGAGCCAGCUGGAAGAGUUGGGUUACUGUGUGUUCAGUGAGUACUCAGGGCCCAUGCCUUCCCCUGCUGACCUCCAUAGUCCCAUUGACUCCCCGCCCCAGCGCUUCACCCCUAUGGCUCUGGAGGAAAAGAUGGCAGAGGAAAAACUGAAGAUUGAAGCUAGAGACAAACUAGCCGAAGACGAGAAGACAAAUCAGUUAAUUGUGUGUGACGGUUCCAAAGAAAAGGAAGAAGCAAAACAAGUAGAACGGAAAGAUUCCGCUUCAGAGGAAAAAGACAACAAAGAGAUCAGCCAUGAAAAAUCUGCCAUGGAGGACCAAAACGACAAACCGGCCUCAGCUCUGAAGUCAGCAGAGUCCUUUGUGACUCCUACGGUAAUGGUCACCCUGGAUGAGGAGGGAAAGGCAGAGAACGAGGGACCAGAGACAGAUGCUGAGAUAGCUGCCUACGAGAGGCAGAUCCGCCGGCUGGAGAUGGAGGACAGGCCCCUGAGCAUGGAGGAGGAGCGAGAGCUGCAGGAGUUAAGGGAGAAGGUGAAGGACAAGUUCUUGGUGCACCAGGAGGCAUACGAGGAGGUGGAUGCCGAAGAUGUCUACCAACUGACUGGGGUUGCCAAGGACCGGAUCAGCAGGCCCGCCAGGCCCUCCCCGGCCUCCUCCGUGGAGAGCACCACAGAAGAAGAGAAGGUUCCAGUUAUGGACACCGAGAAACCUAAACAGACGGGAGGUCAGACAACGCCUCCAAAGGUUGACUUCAUGGCGACAUCUCCGUCUGUGUCAGGUGGUGGUGUGAGCACCACAGAAGAAGAGAAGGUUCCAGUUAUGGACACCGAGAAACCUAAACAGACGGGAGGUCAGACAACGGCUCCGAAGGUUGACUUCAUGGCGACAUCUCCGUCUGUGUCAGGUGGUGGUGUGAGCACCACAGAAGAAGAGAAGGGGAAAGUUAGCGAAGAGAAGCUGAAGAAGGAGCAGGUUGUAGAGGUCAAAGAAAAGAACAUAGAAGAAAAGAAAAAGGAAGAUGGGGAGGAGGAUAAUAUAGAGCAGGUGGUGGAACAGGAGGAAAUCAUGAUAGAGAUAAAACCAACAAAUCCUGGAGAGAAAGAAGAGAAGUUUGAGAAGGAUAUAAUGAAAGACAAGGAGGAAGAAGAAGAAGAAGAGGAAGAUGGUGAAGUUCUGGCAGGGGCAGGAGCAGCGGUGGAUGACGUUCCAGAGCCCAGAGCUGCCAUAGAGUCAGUGGUGACUGUAGAAGAUGACUUCAUCACUGUAGUCCAGACCAUCGACGAGGGCGAGGAGCCAGGACACAGCGUGCGUUUCUCUGCUCCACCUGAGCCUGAGACACCACAGGCUCUCCACGAGCAGGAGGAAGAGGAGGAGGAGGAGUCCCAGGAGGUGGAGAUCAUGGAGGCAGCAAGUCUGGAGGAGGUGGGGGAUGUCUCAGAGGAGGUCUGUGAGAAGGAGGUGCAGGCCUCCCCAGAGAAGGAGGUGCAGACAGAGACCGAGGGACAGACAGAGAGCUACGACAGAGACGAGACCACCAUGGACGACUCAAUCCUAGACAGCUCUUGGGUCGACACUCAAGACCUCUGCACUGUAGAUGUGGAUGAUGACAAGAGCAUGGCUACAGAGCAGAUCGAGCCCCUGAGAGCCGACCGGGUCCCAGCCCCACCAGUCAAGAAGGAGAAGACUCCCCAACACCAGAAGCAGGAGAAGCAGCCAGUGAAUCCCAAGGCUAAAGGGGGGCGGGUGAAAGCGAGCGAGGGGCACGUCUCCACACCAGAACGUAAACCCAUUCACAAGCAGCCUGUCUAUAUCCCCAGGGAGGACGUCAAGAAGAAAAAAGCCGUGAUUAAGAAGACUGAGCUGACCAAGAAAGCUGAGAUGCGCUCCUCUCCAUCUCGGAAGAGUGUGUUAAAGUCUACUGCGGUCCGACACUCGCGUCCUGCCCAGGCCCACCCCUGUGCUAGGAGGAAACCUACAGUGGGUGUACCAGAGGGUCGUCGGCCCCUCAGUGUUGCUAGACAGUCUCGGGACAGAGCCUCAGUGGAGCUUGAUAGGCCCCGUCCCUCCUCGGUCGGGCCUCGUGACUCCCCAACACUACACAGACUGAUAGACGUGGAUGGUGGUUCUCAGAGCCCAAAGAGGUCAUCCCUGCCGCGGCCUGCCUCUAUCCUGAGCCGGCGUACCCUCCACCACCCACACGACCAGGAGGAGAGCUCCACCUCAAUCACCAGCUCCGGCUCCACCGCACCCCGCAGACCUACGUCGUUCCGUACAGAGGUCAGGGCGGAGCAUAGAACAGGACGUGCUCCUAGUUGGACAGGCACACAGUCGAUGCGUUCCCGCUCGCUGUGCAGCGGUCCCACCACACCCCGCACCCCAGGGUCAACAGCCAUUACCCCUGGAACCCCUCCCAGCUACAGCUACUCCUGCCGCACACCCGGAACCCCUCGCACCCCCGGCACACCACGUUCACUCAGCCUGCUGCAGGAGAAGAAGGUGGCUCUGCUCCGCACCCCUCCCAAGUCCCCUGCCACCACCCCCAAACAGCUUCGCGUCCUCAACCAGCCCCUGCCAGACCUCAAGAAUGUCAAGUCUAAGAUCGGCUCCACAGACAACAUCAAUUACCAGCCCAAGGGGGGCCAGAUUCAGAUUUUAAACAAGAAGCUGGACUUCAGUCACGUACAGUCAAAAUGUGGAUCCAAGGAUAACAUGAAGCAUUCUCCUCGUGGAGGCAAUGUGCAGAUCCAGACCAAGAAGAUUGACCUGAGUCAUGUGACCUCCAAGUGUGGAUCCCUGGACAACAUUCGCCACCGGCCAGGGGGAGGUAACGUGCGCAUAGAAAAUGUGAAGCUGGACUUCAAAGACAAGGCCCAGCCCAAGGUGGGUUCCCUGGAUAAUGCACACCACACCCCUGGUGGAGGCCUCAUUAUGAUCGAGAGCCACAAGCUGUUGUUCCGUGACACGGCCAAGGCCCGGGUGGACCACGGGGCGGAGAUCAUCAUGACCCAGUCACCGGGAACGGGCAUGUCAGGGACGCUGUCCCCCCACCGCCACAGCCACCUGUCCUCCUCCGACAGCAUCAACUUGCUGGAGCCUCCACAGCUAGCCACUCUGGCUGACGAUGUCACCGCUGCCCUGACCAUGCAGGGUUUGUGAGAGCCUUGACAACCUCUACCUGGAUACUUUGACCCCCACCCUGCCUCCAGUCAAUCCCAGCCCAGAUAUCCAGGCACCCAGACACCCCAGGCACCGGCCACCUUCACCCUUCCUCCAGCCACCAUAUCCCCCAGGCCUGGACCCCCCUCACCCCGUCCUGCCUACAGUCUCCUUCCAGUCCACCCCAGCCCUGAACACCUUCCCCCUGCCUACAGUCUCCCUCCAGCCCACCCCAGCCCUGAACACCUUUCCCCUGCCUACAGUCUCCCUCCAGUCCAUUCCAGCCCUGAACACCUUUCCCCUGCCUCCAGACGACUAAUCCCAGACUCCUGACACCCUGAACUUGCUUCCAGUUUAACCUGACCCCAAGCCUCGGACUCCCUCACUUUCCUCUAGUCCAACCCAGGCUCCCUCAUCAAGCCUCCACCCAGCCUUCAAUUUCCCUCAAGUCCACCUCUAGCCUCGGGUACCGAACAGCCCACCCUGCCUCAACCCCACUCUGCUUCUAGUCCACUCUGCUUCUAGUCCACUCUGCUUCUAGUCCACUCUGCCACUAGUCCACUCUGCCUUCCCUUUGCCUCCACUCAGCCUCUACUCUUCCUGCUAGUCCAUCCCAGACACCCUCGCCCCACCCGACCUCCAGUCCACCCUAGACUCCCUCACCCUGUCCCAGCCCUCAGACUCAGACACCGCCAUCCUGCAGCAGCCUCAUAUCCGCCGCCCGAUGGAGCUGCCUACCCUGCCCUAUGUCAUCAAGAUAAAUGAAGAAACAACAACAACAACCCCGAGGGAACUACAGAUUAUUUAGAAAGUACUUUUGGUCCAUUUUUGUUGAUAUUUCCAUUCCAAGUACCUGUAUUUGGUGUAUUUUUAUUUAUUUAUGCUGCAUAUAGAUAGAUAGGUAUAUAAAUAGUUAGAUGGUGUCGAAGCACUGACCCCAAAUCGGCUUUAGCUGUUUGCACAAAAUAAUCUGGGUAAGGGCCAGGUAUAGAGUGGGGUGGUCUCUGUUCAGUGCUUAGAAGCAGCUUUUUCUUGCCAUAGGUAGAAAGUCACGUGGCCAUGCCCAUACAAUACCCGUGCCUACUUGCCAACACGUCUUGUUUUUCUCAGUAAAGUGAAUGGAUGCCAGACUCAAUAUUCACCAUACAUCAAGCAUCCUUGAGGCAAAUCAUGCUUGUCCAACAUCCAAUAUAUAAUAAAUAUAUAAACAACUAUUAUAUAUAUAGUACCAGUCAAAAGUUUGGACACAUCUAUUCAUUACAUUUGAUUUUUUUUAAACUAUUUUCU